AGCAGGCUGAGCCCUCACCCCUGCUCCCUGAGGCCUGUGUGCCCAGCGUUCUGUCUGUUUCUUUCCUGCUGUCAGAACCCCUGUCCUGAGGCUCGCCCACAUCCUGGCUGACAGACAGCCUUUGGCAAGGCUUCAGGAAAGUCUAACCUCCGGGGUCAUCAAGGCUGGUGUCAGAGGUGUCCAAGGGGGCACCCAGACAGGUUCCCAGGUGGCAGAACGCCUGCGUCCCUGGAGGAGCCACCUCUCAGCUUUGGGUGGGUGCGGCAGAAACCCUCGUGACCUUGCUGCUGACAUUCCUCAGAAGCCACGUGGUCCCAACUGGCAGGGACAGCUGCAGACAGGGGCUGAACCAGCCUUGUUCCCAGGGUGGCGCCCGUUGUCCAUCCAGGCCCCGCUCCGCUCCCAGGGUUGCUUUGCCUCCCAGCGUUCAGUGGGCAGCCGGUACCGUGGAGCCAACACCAUGAGGGUCUAGAGGCGCCUGGCCCACCACAGUCUUUGCAAGUGGUCAGGCUGUGGGAGGAUGGGGCAGGACCAGACAAAGCAACAGAUCGAAAAGGGACUGCAGCUGUACCAGUCCAACCAGACAGAGAAGGCACUGCAGGUGUGGAUGAAGGUGCUGGAGAAAGGCUCCGACCUCGUGGGCCGCUUCCGGGUGCUGGGCUGCCUGGUCACAGCUCACUCGGAGAUGGGCCGCUACAAAGAGAUGCUGAAGUUUGCUGUGGUCCAGAUUGACACCGCACGGGAGCUGGAGGAUGCCGACUUCCUGCUGGAAAGCUACCUGAACCUGGCACGCAGCAACGAGAAACUGUGUGAGUUCCACAAAACCAUCUCCUACUGCAAGACCUGCCUUGGCCUGCCUGGUGCCAGGGCUGGUGCCCAGCUUGGGGGCCAGGUCAGCCUGAGCAUGGGCAAUGCUUUCCUGGGCCUCAGCCUCUUCCAGAAGGCCCUAGAGAGCUUUGAGAAGGCCCUGCGCUAUGCCCACAACAAUGAUGACACCAUGCUGGAGUGCCGUGUCUGCUGCAGCCUGGGCAGCUUCUACGCCCAGGUCAAGGACUAUGAGAAAGCCUUGUUCUUCCCCUGCAAGGCUGCAGAGCUUGUCAACGACUAUGGCAAAGGCUGGAGCCUCAAGUAUCGGGCCAUGAGCCAGUACCACAUGGCUGUGGCCUACCGUCUGCUAGGCCACCUGGGCAGCGCCAUGGAGUGUUGUGAGGAAUCCAUGAAGAUUGCUCUGCAGCAUGGUGACCGGCCACUGCAGGCACUCUGUCUGCUCUGCUUUGCUGAUAUCCACCGGAGCCGGGGGGACCUGGAGACAGCCUUCCCGAGGUACGACUCUGCUAUGAGCAUCAUGACGGAGAUUGGAAACCGCCUGGGGCAGGUGCACGUGCUGCUGGGUGUGGCCAAGUGCUGGAUGGCCAGGAAGGUGUUGGACAAGGCUUUGGAUGCCAUUGAGAAAGCCCAGGACCUGGCUGAAGAGGUUGGAAAUAAGCUGAGCCAGCUCAAGCUGCACUGCCUGAGUGAGGGCAUCUACCGCAGCAAAGGUCUGCAGCGGGAGCUGCGCGCGCACGUGGUGAGGUUCCAUGAGUGUGUGGAGGAGACUGAGCUCUACUGCGGCCUGUGUGGCGAGUCCAUCGGGGAGAAGAACAGCCGUCUGCAGGCCCUGCCCUGCUCCCACAUCUUUCAUCUCAGAUGCCUGCAGAACAAUGGCACUCGGAGUUGUCCCAACUGCCGCCGCGCCUCCAUGAAGCCAGGCUUCGUGUGACCUCAGUGGCCGUCUUCGGCGUUGACAUCACUUCCCUCGGCUCCUUCUCCACCAUCAGGCUGAAGGCCCGGUGACAUUCUAAGGUAGCUGCCCGGGCCUCCUUUGGCAACUCAGGCCCGGGGGCUUGCCUGCUGCUCCUCUGGGCCUAGCUCCCCUCCCCGGCCUCUUUGUAUUUCGUUCUUUAUAGAAAAAUAAAAUGUUUGUACCUGGU